GAGAGUGCAUUCUUCAUUUAUCGUUGGCGUGUGCCAUGUUUGCGGAAGUUAAAGCGAUUAUUGUCAUUUUAACGAAAUGUAGAUAAUAUUCACAGUCACAUACACAUUUGCAGAUUAUAUUGUAGCUCAUAUUAAACAAUGAUGACAUUACCAAAGGGACCGGACUCUUUGUGCUUUGACAAAGACGAAUUUAUGAAGGAUGACUUCGACGUGGACAAAUUUGUGGCAGAUUGCAGAAAGCGCGUCCAGCUGGAGGAGAUGCGUGAAGAUCUGGAGCAAUAUUAUAGGCUCCUCAAAACAGCAAUGGUCGAGCUCAUCAAUAAAGACUAUGCAGAUUUUGUUAACCUUUCCACCAAUCUCGUUGGAAUGGAUAAAGCCCUAAAUCAGCUGUCUGUACCUCUUGGCCAGUUACGUGAAGAGGUGCUGAGUUUGAAAGCUUCUGUGAAUGAAGUUAUUGAAGCUAUAGACGUACAGUUAUUAAAGCAAGAUGAUAUUCAUAAAAAGAAGAUUUGUGUAAUGAGACUCAUCCAAGUUGUAAGAUCUGUAGAGAAGAUUGAGAAAAUUCUUCACCAAAACACCAAAGAUACAACAUCCCUAGAAACCAGCAGUCCCCUUCUUGCAGGUCAGAUUCUAGAGCGAAUCGCCACCGAGUUUAACCAGUUACAGUUUCAUGCCGUCCAGAGCAAAGGAAUGCCACUGCUUGAUAAAGUGCGCCCGAGAAUAGCUGGAAUCACAGCUAUGCUUCAGCAGUCUCUGGAGGGCUUACUGAUCCAAGGCCUGCAGACGUCAAAUGUAGACAUUGUGCGGCAUUGCCUCAGAACGUAUGCUACCAUCGAUAAGACCAGGGAUGCAGAGGCACUGGUUGGACAAGUCCUAGUCAAACCAUACAUGGAUGAGGUUAUUGUUGAACAAUUUGUUAAGUCCAACCCUAAUGGUUUAAAGAUAAUGUACACAAAGUUGUUGGAGUUUGUGCCUCACCAUUGUAGACUGCUACGAGAGGUAACUGGUGGGACUAUCUCUAGUGAUAAAGCUGAUAUUGUCCCGGGAUAUGAUUUUCUGGUGAAUUCUGUCUGGCCUGAAAUCAUUAAAGGUAUUGAGGAAAGGCUCCCUUCCCUUUUUAACCCUGGAAACCCAGAUGCAUUUUAUGAGAGAUACGUUGUCAGUAUGGAUUUUGUACGUAAAUUCGAGAGGCAGUGCGGUUCUCAGGCCAGUGUGAAGAGACUGCGUGGACAUUCCUGCUACCAGAGCUUCCAGAACAAGUGGAACCUGCCAGUGUACUUCCAGAUACGGUUCAAGGAGAUUGCAGGAAGUCUAGAAAAUGCCAUUGCGGAUGGACUGGUGGCAGCUCCAGUGGAAGGCCGCUACCAUCUGCAGGUGACUGAGGUGUUAUGGAGCUGUUUGUGCAGGUGCUGGGCUGAACAGGUGUACCUGACUCCACUCGCUCAUCGGUUUUGGAAGCUAACACUGCAGCUGCUUUCUAGAUAUGCCACUUUCCUCACAGAGGUCUUAACAAAAACAUCUCCUCCAGAGAAUAGCAAAGAUACAGUAAGACCGCUCCCAAGCUCCGCCUCCUCCACAUCCAGCCGAACAUCUCAGGAUGCAGACAGUGAGAACUCAGGCCCAACUGCUCUGUCUACCAAGCAGCUCGUCUACAUUGCAGGCGAUGUUGAUAAGUUACAAGGGGAGAUUCCAGACAUCACUGAGAUGAUCAGGAUAAAAUUGGAGGCUAUUGGAUUCCAAAAUUUUGCAGUGGUUUCAGAAGCGUUGCAGGACUCCAAGACGUCCCUGUCUAGCUGCAUUCCCCCACUGAACAGCAGAAUGACUCGGCAUCUCACAGAGAGAAGCAUUCGCUUCCUGAAAAACGCUUCCGAAGUUCCACGACUUUAUCGGCGAACCAACAAGGAGGUGCCCACCAGAGCCUCAGCAUAUAUGGACAACGCUCUUCAGCCACUCCAUCAGUUGGUCACUGACUCCAAAAAUGUGGUAACGGACUCCAUCAUCCAGGAGUGGCUCCGCAUCACACUGUCAGAUUGCACCCAGAGAUAUUAUGAGACUAUAUCGGACGUACUAAGCUCAGUGAGGAAGAUGGAGGAAUCUCUAAAGAGACUGAAGCAAGCUAGGAAGACCACAACCACCAGCACUGUAGGUGUCAAUGCAGGGCCAUCAGAUGACAGUAAGAUCCGCCUGCAGUUGGCUCUGGAUGUGGAAUACCUCGGAGAACAGAUUCAGAAGAUGGGUCUCAAGCCAAGUGAGAUCACCAUGUUCUCUUCUCUGCUGGAACUCGUACAGGAAGCAAGAGAUCUCGCCUCAGCGGAGCAGACAGGGUCCUAAACCAGAAUGGCCCUAGAGGGGCCUGAUCAAUAGUAGGGUCAAGACAAAAACUUUCAGCAUGUGGAUGCUC